AUAUAUGUAUUGAUAAUAGAGACUCAUUAAUUGCCCAGAUAAUUGGGGGAUUUCAGGAGAAAGAACGACAGAAAAACGCGGCGGUUACUGGUGCAGUAACACCUGUAAGCCGCACGGCUGGCCUGGGCAGGCAGUGCGGGGUGUGCCCUCGGGGGGAAUGGGGACCCCCAGCCUCGAGCCGCUAGUCCGGGGACCCUGCUCCUGGGGACACCCAGCAUGGCGGGACGCGUACAAAUGGGACAUGUACAUACGGGAUGUGUACAAAUGGGACACGUACAUAUGGGAUGUGUACAAAUGGGAUGUGUACAAAUGCGACACGUACAUAUGGCGGGGCAGCUGCAGAGGGACCCCCGGGCUGCAGCUGGAGCGGGCUGCCAGCAGGACUCAUCCCCUCUCCACGCUCUCUCAGCGGGGCGGGGAGUGCGGGAGAGCCCGGCGGCGCGACGGGCACUCCUGCACGGUCACCAUUAUUAACGCGGCUGUCCUUCCCGGCCAAACCACGGCACACUCCCCGUCUGGGUCCCAGUCCGGCGCGGCCGGACCCCCUCUCCUGCCGGGCGGCGCGGGUGCCGGGAGGAGGGAGAGGAGGAGGAGGAGGAGGGAGAAGGAGGAGGGCCCCCCCGCCGCCGUUGCCCUUUUAAGGGGUUCCUUGAAACCGCGCCCGGGAUCCAUGUUUGCAGCCCCAGCCCGGGCGGAGGAAACUCCAUGUUGUAACAAAGUUUCCUCCGCGGCGCCGCUCCCGCGCCCGCCGCCCCGCGCCGCCGCCGGCCCCCGCCCCGCCUCCCCCCCGGGGGCCGCGCCGGGGGGGGCCGCCCCCUCCCGCCCCCUCCCCGGCGCCCAUGGAGCACCAGUCCAUCAUCGCCCAGGUCAGCCGGGAGGAGGGGAGCGCCCCGCUUCAGGAGAAAGGUACCCAGACCCCUGCCAAGAAGCCUCGAAGCCGCAGCAUUCUGCAGUCCCUGUUCUGCUGCCUGUGCCGCGAUGAAGGGGAGCCCUGCGCUGGCACCACCGGCGCGCCGCUGCUGGUGGAGGAGAACGGGGCACUGCCCAAGGCUGCUGUCAAGCACCUGCUGCCCGAGAUCAAGCCGCAGGACGCCAGCAAGCUCUGCGUGGUCAUCGACCUGGAUGAGACCCUGGUGCACAGCUCCUUCAAGCCAGUGAACAACGCCGACUUCAUCAUUCCCGUGGAAAUCGAUGGCAUCAUGCACCAGGUGUACGUGCUCAAGCGGCCGCAUGUGGACGAGUUUCUGCAGCACAUGGGCGAGCUCUUCGAGUGUGUGCUCUUCACUGCCAGCCUGGCCAAGUAUGCAGACCCUGUGGCUGACCUGCUGGAUAAAUGGGGGGCUUUCCGGGCACGACUCUUCCGCGAAUCCUGCGUUUUCCAUCGCGGCAACUACGUGAAGGACCUGAGCCGCCUGGGCCGUGACCUGCGCCGGAUCAUCAUCGUGGACAACUCGCCCGCCUCCUACAUCUUCCACCCCGAUAACGCUGUGCCCGUGGCCUCCUGGUUCGAUAACAUGGCGGACACAGAACUGCUGGACCUGCUGCCCUUCUUCGAGAGGCUCAGCAAGGUGGAGGACGUGUACGCAGUGCUCAAGAAGCAGCGGACUAACAGCUAAUGGCCCCCCCACCCUCCGGGUGCUGCCGACGGGCUCCGCCGGGGGAGCCAGGUGCCUUAUUCCGGGGGAGGGAGGGUCCCGGUGUGCCCGCAUCGUCCUCCCCAGCCCCGCUGGGCGCGGGUGCCCGCCGUGCCUGCUGGUGGUGGGAGAUGCGGGUGCCCCCGCCAGGAAGCUGGGUGCCCCCCUUCUCAGAGGAGGGGGGCCGUGGGUGACCCACUGCCUUGCUGUGCUGAGGACCUACUGGGGGGUCCCAUCCUCCCCCACUGUCCAGCUCCUGCCCCCUUCCCCCCAGCCUGUGUCCCCCCUCCACGGAACGGUUCUCAGGUCCUUUUCCCCUCUGUCCCCCGAUUGGGGAGGGGGGCGGGGUCAGCUGCUGCUGCUUUCCACUGCCUUUGGGAGGACUGGAUCCCUCCAUCCAGACUCUGCCUGCUGGGAGGCUGGCAGCCCUGUCUGCCGAGGCUACAGGACAGGUAACACCUUGUCACCCUCCGAAAACGCAGGGACUUGUGGCCUUGGCCGCCAUGCCCUUAACUCUGCCCCGGGUGCAGCUGAUCCCCUCGUGGGGGGCACGUCCUUGCCUCUCUUCGUGCCUGCUGCCCCGCCUGGGGGCUGUGUUUGGCAGGGGCAGCCCAGCCUCAGGGCUGAGCCCCCGGGCACAAAUGCCUCCCACGUGCCUUGGGACGCCGUGUCUCUGUCCCCCUUAGCCCUGCAAGGGGUGUGCCUGGGCGGGGGCUCUUUACUUGCCCCCUCCAACUUCAGUUCCUUCUCAUUUUGGGGGAGAGGUGGCCUCCCCCCUCUCCAGUUACACUGUGUCACUGGGAGCCACUCUGGUCACCAAGAGAAGGGUCCCCUCCCAUGGUGGGGGGCACACCCCCUACUCCAUAUCCAUCUGCAGCUUCCCCAGAGGCUGCUGGUCCUGGGAGAGAGGGACCCCCGUGCCAGCCUUAAUGUGCCCCUCCCAGCCUUGCCCCAGUCCCCCUGCUGGGAGGGGCUGGGGGACACUGCAGCCCCCCCGUAGCCCGGGGUUGCCCUGACCCCCGUGGGGUUGGACUUGUGCCAGGGUGUCCCCCAGCUUUGAGGGUCUGGGGGCUCUCAGGGAGGGUUUUUCUGGGGGGAGGCGCUGAGCUCAGCCAGGCCUUUUUUAAUGUCACAAUAUGGACAAUGCCUCAUAUCUUUUUAGAGGGAAAAGCAACGGUUUCCCAAAAAAAUCAUGGGUGCCUUUUUAGCGCUGUGGCAGCGCAGGGGCGGGGCAGUAUUUGGGGGGUGGGUGUGAAGGGUUUUAGCUUUCAGGUGCUGUCCAGCCAGCUCCUGCUGGCACUGCCCUGCUCCCGGUGCUGGGGGUGAGCAGGGGGCCCCCAGCCCCCCGCAGCCCUGCCCUGUGCCUGGAUCCCUGCCAGCCCCGGGCCUCAUCCUGCCCUGCCAGCAGGGUCGAACUCAGCACUUUAUGUUAGACAAGUCAAAGGGCGCCGCUGCCCAGCGAGUGCCUCUGGGUGCUGCGGAGUACAGCCCAGGAGUGCGGCCCUGCCCUGGGCACCCUUGGGAGCUCUGGGGGAUGCAGAGGCAGCACGGGGGGCUGGGGAGGGCUGGGGUACCAGAUCCAAGUGCCUUCAUGUGAUUAAAGCUGUCAAACCAUCUUGGAAA